AUGGCAUCGACCGUGCUUGUCGUCGGCGCACCUCUGCUCCUCACCUCGACCGCUCCGGAGUCCAACGCCGGCUUGCACUCCACGCUGGCUGCUGGCGAGCAAGUUCGGGCCUUUGCCGCCAUCACGAUCGGCGGGUCCGACGGCUGCUCUUCUCAACCCGAUCACAAAGUCACGUUCUCGGACCUGAGGACCGUUCCGGCUGCAGUCACACCGUUGCCAAACGCCGGAGGAGUACGAGGAGGGCAUCCGUCCUACACCGCACGACGAGCGCACGGUGACUUCCUCUUCGACUACGGGUUCGCCUUCUGCCUCCAUCAAUCGCAGGCGUUCACGAAGCGCGGUUUUGGAUCCACUUGCAUCGGAAGCACGUGCAUGGGGAAGGUGCCCCUCUACUCCCGCAGUUUGGAUCCUUUCCUCUGGGAUCGGAAAAGGAACCGUGGCGGUGCGAUCAUCUGCCCUGGUGGAGGAGGUCACCUUCUCUGCCUCCGCUGUCUUGACGCGCUUUACGCUGGGGGUCGGCCGUUCGUUUCAACCGCCACGGGGGAGGUCGUUGACCUUGGUGACCUCUUCAGGAAGUACGAGGCCUUCCCCGCCUCGGGGGAGCUGAAGGAGGCACAGCUGGGGCAAUCUGCGGCGGAGGGGGGACACCAGUUCUUCGUACAAAGACGGGAUCUGGUCGCAUGCCCGUUCUGCAAGGAAAGUCGACAACGAAACCGGGGCCGCCCUGAAAGGAAGAGGCUCGAAUCCGGGCCGACUCCGAAGGAACUCGGCUCAGCCGCGAUCUUUGCGGAGUUGAAGCGAAGCGCGGUUCCUCCAACGAUCAUCGCACCCGGCCUCUUUCUCCUGCCGCAACUGGACGUCAACUGCCGGCUCAUCGACAUCUCGUUGAGGGACGGAAGGCCCGUCAACGUCCCCAGGCUCGUCCAGGUGGACCACUUGGGUGACUACACCUGCAUGUGCGGCCAGAGGGCGUGCAGAGAGCACGACAUCCGUUUUCUCAGAGAAAUCGCUUUUCUCGACGGAUGGUGGCAGUCGGUUUCGAAGGAGGUCGAGCCCCUCUUCGGCUCGUUCAACGGCAAAAGAGGUUCGCACGGGAGCAGAUGCUCGGAACGGGAGCGGUGUCCGCACGUACAGAGGGUGCUUACAGCAACGGGGGUGGGAGAUGGGGUUCAGAGCGGGCCUGCUCACAAGGCUACCGAGAGGGCAGCAACAAACUCGGACAAGCGUGCGGAGAGGUCAGCGCUUCGAGCGUCGGGACAGAGGAACAUCUGGGUCUGCAACGACCCCAUGUGUCGAAGGCCCGACUCAAAGGCUGCGUGCGUGCAUGGAGGCACGCUCGAGGAGUGGGAGUGCCUCCCUGCAGCAGCCUUGGACAUGGGGCACAGCCACAAGAAGAUCGACACAGUCAUGAGCAGGGGUGGGCAGCAGGUCACGAGCCUCUGCGAACGAUGGGGUGAUGAGGGGAUCCGGAGGCGGGAUGGGGCAAAGUACUUCUGCGCGCCGAGGCCCGUUGAACCGCUCUCACCUUGCGGGCGGCUAUGGCAACUGGAGAGCAGGAGAGGAUCGCUCUAUACGGCUGGGGCGCGGUAUCCGGUGAUGACGUACCGGCGGGUGUGUACAACCGCACCAGGACGAGAGGCGGCGUGCUGCUCGGUGGCUUACGACGGUCAGGAGGACGCCAUCUUCAACUUCUCCGGGACGACGCUCAUCUCGCACGGCCUCCUGCUGCGCAACCACUUUGCGGCAGCCUUGGGUGCUUCCCAUUCGCUCAACUUUGACGCCAACGACAUGGCGACCAGAAGCCUUGAAGGCCCGAGCGCAUCCAGGCUGGACGACCGCGUCUUUGACGCAGCGAUGCAGGCCUUCAACGAUCUCGCAGCCCGGCCUCGGAUCCAGCACGUCUGCAAACGUCCUGAUUGCGCUCAUCUGUACACGUCUGAAGUUCGAGCUGCUGAGGCAGACGCAGCGAGAGCUGGGUACCCACUCCAACCGGAGCGGACCGAGGGGUCGCCCCUGAACCUUUCAACCUACGCCUUCAGCCGGGAUAAGGUCAUCACGUUCGACGGCACAUUUUUCCCCAACUCCAGUGCUAUGCGGGAUAGCAGCGAGGCCUCUCUGUAUAGCAUAUGUGAGCCGGACCCGGGCGCACCUCGCGUGGCAGGGGGUUUCACCCCUCUGAGCGUCGGUGGGGUGCGGCCCUCGGACGUUCCUCUCGAGGGGAUCGACUGCCCUUGGAAGUUUAGGAACGGGCUGUCGGAGCUGAGGCCGGCCGUACGAGCAGCGGCCUUCCGAUGGUGUAACUUUCGGAAGGGCCAGGGUCAGGGGGCCAACUUGCCUCUUUCGGCGGAGGAGUUCGUUGCCAUGCGUCAGGGGUUGCCGGCAAACGUGAGGGCCCUGAUCGACCUUGCGACAGAAUCCGGGGCCUGUGCUGAUCCCAAGAACUGCGCCAUCUGCAAGGCGGUCCCGCGCCGGCCUUGGAUGGACGAGGUGUUGAAGAAGGGUCCUGUAGCGCCCACCGGUUGGUGCCCGACCCAUUUCCAGCCAUAUGCGGCCCUCCUGCACGCCCUCCUGAUACCCCGCUACAGCUGGGUUUUUGGCCACAUCGUGACACUGAAGCUCCUUCGACGUCUGUUGCUGGAGGGGCCUCUGGACGACCUGGAGCUCGCUUACCUCGCCCAGGAUGGGCCAAUGCUAGCCAACAUUCUCCGACUGCACGUGCAAACGGUUUCUCCAAGGCAAUACGCGUUUCCAACGGCACUGCGUCCGCUCAUUCGGGACAUCUACGCCACCAACCUCCUCUGUUCAACGAACCGAGUGCCAACCGCCCUGGCAGCGCCUCAACUUGCUCCCCUCUCGCUGCCCUCCUCGAUGCUACGGAGCAUCUGUGGGCCUUGGAGUCGUGGAAUUGCGCUCAAGGGGGCCGCCAACGCUCUCCUCUUCGAGAUUGAGGUUCGAGAGCCGCAAUGCUACGGUUCUGAUGGCUUUCUACGGGAGGCCUCGGCUGUCUACAAGGAGCGCGUGGGGGCCGUGUCAAUCUACGACUUCCAUCCGCUGCUCUAUGGCCGGCCGCAAAAGUUCACGGAUUGGGAGGACGCAUCCGGUCGGGGGAAGAAGGGCUCGGAGGAGCGGCUUGCGCAGCACUGUGGGGCCCCGAAUCCUCGCUCGUCGAAAGGCCGAGCGGGGAUGUUCAUUGCAUGCUGCCAGGAUCGCGCGCCCCUCGGCUACCAUUGGCUUAAGGGUGGCGAGAGCGUGUCCGAUAAGUUGGGAACGGUCCUGAUCACACGCUUCCCCUUCAAGACGCUGCGCGGCCUGACGAUAGUGGAAGACGCUGCCUGUAAUGCCCAAGAGUGGCUUCUCAACCGGUGA